UGCGCCCGAUCAGCUGCUCACUCUCAGCUGCGAAGUGAAACAGAGAGCCGGGGAUCCAUCUCGAAAAAAACAACUGAAAAAUGGCUGCUCGUAGGAUUGCUUCCUCUUCCAUUGACUGGGCUGCUUUUGCCUCCCGCGUCCCUGCAGGACAGAAGAACAUGUUCAACGCCUUCAAGGGAAAGUCCGACGCAUAUUUGAGGAAAGUGAUCACUCUCCCUGAAUCAGUACCAGCCAUCAACUUCGCAGAAUACAAGGCCCGCAUCCCUGUUGCUGGCAUGGUAGAUACCUUCCAGAAAGAGUAUGAGGCCCUGAAGGUCCCAUACCCUGCAGAUACUGUCUCCCAGCAGAUUGCAGAUGUCGAGUCAGCGGCUGCUGCUGAAGUACAAGCCUUCAUCAAGGGCAGUGAAGCCCGUAUUGCAAAGUUGACUGAGGAACUUGGCCAUUGGGAGGCCAUGAUCCCAUAUGACCAGAUGACCAUGGAGGAAUGGGCAGAAGCAUUCCCAGAGCAGGCCAUUUCCAUGGAGAAACCCACCAUGUGGCCCCAUCACCCUGAGGACCAGCCUGGCUAUGUCGCCAAGGAAGGAGCCGAGCACUAAAAUAGUAAACUACUUUCAGCGUUCAUGUGAAACAUCCAAUUGCAUUCUUUUUUCAGAAUUAUUACCACAGUGGAGAUGUUCUAUAUUACUUGAAAUUUAAUGUAUAAAUAAAGGAAGUACAGUGAAUGUAAAUAGAUUUU